AAAGUUGUUGAAUGGAAACAUCCACAUGAAUUAGAAAAGUUAAUGGAUCUAAAAAUAAAAGAAGACGGUACAAGUAAACCCACCUUGUUAGAUAUGUGUAGACAGAUUGUAAAAUAUAGUGUUAAAACUGGUAAGGAUACACUAUUGAAU